CUUGGAAAAAGACUAGCUGACUUGACGGAUGAAACAGAAAGAAAGCAAUUAUCUGUUUGUAUUAGUACGAAUUACCCAUGAACAAUGACGACACAGAGGAGUAUAGUAAACCUUUCCAAUUUCUUCAUCUACAAUCCAAAUAUAAAAUGCAAAGAAGGGGAGGAGCAAAAGAAGAUUAUGUUUUAUCACCCAUCUAACAUUCCUGUUGAUAUGCAAACAAGACAUAUAGGACUGUGUAUGGGAGUCAUCAUGUUUACAGAGACCUUUGAUCCAGAUAAACCAUGCCAUUCCAUGCACACGCAGAAAACCAGACAACUAUACCUCCAUCCUGAAGAAGACUUCUGGGUUAUUUUGACAGUAACCAUACCCUUCACAGAGAAGACUAAAGAUGGGAAGACAUACCAUGAAUAUCAUGAAGAUGAUGUACAAGACAGUGUCUAUCUGGCAGUGCUCAAACAUGCUUAUCAGUUAUUCAAGUUGUUCAUGGGUACCUUCACUGAUAACAUGAGACUACACGGUGUAGAGGAUCUCAAACAGAGACUCAAUCACUUCUUCUCAAGAUAUCUUUCCAACCUGAGGUUAUCAACCAGCGACAUUCUAGAGGUUCACAACGGAAUCCAAUUCCUACCGUUAGACAAGAACACCUAUCUACGCAUCCAGUGCUUUAUCAAUCUAGUCGAAGCUUCCUUCACACCCAUCAAAUACACAGCAUUCCUCUACAAUAACCAAUUAGUAUGGAGUGGUUUAGAGCAAGAUGACAUGAGAGUGCUUUAUAAAUACCUCACAAACGGUCACUUUCCGUCCUCCUUAGAUACAGAGCUGAAGGAAACUCCAAAGUCAUCCUCUGCUAAUCACUAUGGAAAGUUUGUAAUGGGUCCUCAGAAUCUAUCAGAUCCAACGUCAUCAGAGAGCAAGGUUCCUAAACUUCACAUUACAAAAGAUGACCAUAUAGAAGAGCUAUUCCUUAUUGUAUAUAGGGCAAUGAGUGCUACAAUAUGUCUGAUGGUUGAAGGUUCACAGCUUCCCAGUCAUGAAUGGUAUCAGAAUGUAGAUAGCUUUCUAGGACCUCAACUCAGCAGUCUAGCAUCGGAUGUAGGAGAACAGUAUGCAAAUAGGAGAACAAGUUCCUCAGGUCAAGAGUUCAAAUUCGUCUAUUUCAAUCAGAUGAACCUAGCUCAGAAGACGACCGUCCAUGAUCGCAAGACGCUGGCAUCCAACAUCAACCCAGAGACUCUAAGGCUAAUAGCAGACAUCAAUGCAGACUUUGAAAAGUCAGAUGAUGCAGGUGAGACACUAAUGAGGACAAUGUCAGACUGUUGGGUUGUGGGUAAGAAGUCAGACCAGAGGGAGUUCUAUGUAGUCAUCAACCAGAAGAAUUCUAACCUUAUAGAAAUCAAUGAGGAGGUGAAGAGGUUAUGCAGUAGUCAUUUCUCAAAUAUCUUCUUCUUGGACUGAAGAUUUCUAGACGACCGUAUAAACAAGACAAUUAGCUGGAGCUCUAUAGGCAUGUGUGCAAUCACAUUUUAAGCCACAGUCAACCUCAGCAAUUUUGUUUUAAAUGUAUGAAUGAAUACCGAUUGGGGAAAUAGAAAAAAAGGGAGUUUCAUGCAACAAGUGUUUAGAAGGAUCCUCACUAAUCUCUGUGUUUUAAGACAUAGUGCAUAUUGUGCCCUAUCAGUUUACUGCAGCAUUAUGUGAACAAGACUUUAUACGAUCAUGGUAAGUUGGUUACUGCAAAACAUUGACUGUAUUUAUUAUCUACCAACUAUGAAAGAAUCAUACGGAAUGAUGUACGAAAGGGCAAAGGAUGAUGAUCUAUACUGUAGCAGCAAGCUUUAUUUUGUUGUGUUGCGCAUGGUAUACCCCACUUGUUUCCAUCAUUGAAAUGAGGAAGUGCAACUAUAAAGAUCGUAAAGAUCAAAGAUCAUGCGGAGGUGUUGUGGUCUAGUGGAUAAGUCGCCUGACUGCAGAUUUCAAGGUACGGGGUUUCGAGUCCCGCCGCGGCACUAAUGUCCUAUGGAAAGACAUUCAUCCACAUUGGCUACUCUCCACCCAGGUGUUAAAUGGGUACCCGGUAGGAUGCGAAAGUUAAUGAGGUUAGAUGAGCAAGUGUGCGCUUGUAAAAAUGAUGUCUAGCUGGAAUGCUCCCCAGGAAGUGGAGAAUGUGCAUACACUGUGUGCGGGUAAGCCUGAGUCCGAAGACCGGGGCAAUAACAUGUAAAGCGCACUGAUACAUUUUUAUUGGAAGAGAGUAUACAACUUGUAAACGAGCAAUUUUCUCUGCAAAAGAAACUUUCACGCAUUGCAAAACUGGUUGCAAAAUUUGAAUGUUUGAUUCAUGUGAAAGUUACAGUAUGAUACAAGUUAUGUGAGAAAUUGCUAUGGUGACUGUGGUCUGUUGAUAUGCUGUGUGGUUAAUCAUUCAAACUAAGAUGAUUUAAGGUUUGGGGUUGAAGGUCAGGCAGGAUUUUGAUUGAAAGUGAUAUAUAUUGCCAAUAAAAACAAAGCCUCAGCCAUCUUACAAUAAGAAAAA